ACCAUUCGUCAAAAGUUCCCUCAUCUAACAACAAGGAGAUUGGGCACAAGAGGACAUUCCAAAUACCACUAUUACGGAAUCGGGAUCCGAGAAACAAGUCAGUACUACCAUUCUGUUUAUUCUGGCAAAGGACUGACAAGAUUUUCUGGGUGCAAGCUGAAAAAUGAGGGCGGCUUUACUAGAAAAUAUUCACUCAAUUCCAAAACUGGGACCUUACUACCGGACUUUCCAAACGCCCGAUUUCUUAUCCUUCCAUUGUCAGUGCCCCGAGAUAAGGCUGAGACAUUCAUCAUGAUGUACAAGACACACUGCCAGUGUAUUCUAGAUACAGCGAUCAAUAGUAGCUUCGAGGAGAUUCAGAAUUUUCUGCUGCAUUUCUGGCAAGGUCUCCCUGAGCACUUACUAAGUCUUGUCGAGAAUGACGUUAUCGUGGAUAUUAUCUGUGUGUGCGACUCAAUACUUUAUAAGGUGCUCACCGACGUGUUAAUUCCUUCUACAAUGCAAGAAAUGCCAGAAACCCUUCUCUGCGAUAUUCGAAAUUUUGCGAAGCACUGGGAAAGUUGGGUGGCGUCAACACUGGAGAACCUACCACAGAAUCUUCUAGAACGUAAGCUUGCAGUGGCGCGGCGGUUUGCACAGUCGCUAAAGAGGCAGACGUCGUUCCUUCAUUUAGCACAGACAGCCCGCCCUGUGUUGUACGAUGCCAGCCUCGUGAACGCAAUGAUUGCUGACGUAGACCGCAUUGACAUCAACAGCAUCAGCUCCCAAGCCUUCCACAGCUGCAGCAGCAGUGCCAGCGAGGAUGAGGACAUUCAGCUGAACGCGGAAUUUCUUCGAGAGUUCAAAGAGUUGCUGCGGAAGCAAGCAACAGUGGAAGCGUUCACGGAAUGGCUAGACAUCGUAGUGGAGCAGAAAGUUGUCAAGCCCAGCAAACAAAACGGUAAAACAUUCAAAAAGAGAGCACAAGAUUACCUUCUUAAGUGGUCAUUUUUCGGAGCUAGAGUCAUGCACAACCUGACCCUCAACAAUGCCCAGAGUUUUGCAUCCUUUCACCUCAUUCGGAUGUUGCUGGACGAAUAUGUUCUCCUGGCCGUUGAGUCUCAGUUACAUGCAGAGAAAGACCAGGAGCUUCAGUCGUUGCUAGAAAAACACAUGAAACCAGAUGACACGGGAGCUAAGCCUAACUUUCAACAGCCGGCCGGGACAUGUUUCGUUGCCAGUCAAAGCCGAACGCCCUCCCAUAAUGAAGCACUAAAACGGGAAAUGUACGGAGAAACGUUGACCUCAAAUUCGCAUUUUGUUCAUGGCCAGGCAACAGGACGUGAGACGUUUGCUUUGUCCCCGCAGAUUUCGUCUUUAUCGUCACUCUCUCAGGCUAUGACAUCCAAUGGCAAUCUACUGCUAACGCCACCUGUGUCUCCGGUUACGGCCAAUCCAGCCAUCUCUCGAUCCAGUGUCAUUACACAGGGACCUGCUGCUACAUUCGCUGCGUCGUCGCAAUCGCCUGCAGCAGCGUCGUCAUCAUUUACGUAUCUUGGUGUCUACAGCUCACACCCUUACCAUCCAGGCAACUUCCUUUCUCAUCACCCUGGUGGGUUUACAAGCAGUCUUUACCAUCACCAGUCGCAGUAUGGGUCCAAAGCAGACAUCGAUCACACACAUAACGCACACUUUAGUUCAGCUUAUCCUGAAGCAUCCCAGUACUACAGCGAGGUUCCUCACUACUUCUCUCCCUUUUGCCAUGCUCCGUCUAUGCAGCACGGGUAUUCAGUGAGUGGAGGAGGCAGUCCGUUAAGUGGUCUGGGUGGAAGUGUCUCAGUUGGUAGUCUUGGAGGAAGUUCAACCCAUGCAGGAAGUGCCUUUAAUAUUGUGCAAAGUCAGCAUUCUGGAGGCAGUGUAUACAGCCAACCACACUCAGCAUACCAGAAUCCGGAGUACUUCCCAAAUUCUGCAUUCUCCACUUCUUCAAAACCCGUUGGGGAGCAUAUACCAGUUAUCCAACAGCGUCGCCACGUUCCCUCCACACACUUUCACAAUGAGGCUCGUGACCCACUAAAUCUCUUGGACAAAACCUACCGCUCCAAAGACAGUCUUGGUGUAUACAGUGGAAUGCCUAAGGACUCCAUGAGCAUGUAUGGAAGCAUGACCAGUGGGAAUUCGGGGCAUCCUCACAGUCAAGGCAUUGCUCACUUCUCGGGAGAGGAUUACUUCCCUGGCAUGGGACUUGGCAUGGCGUCAAUGGUUGCUGCAGAUUCUGACAUGUACUCCCCUUACUCUGAAAGCGGAGCUCACCCAGCCCUCAACUCUGUAUUUCUUUCUUGA